GCUCAGUAAAGAGAUGAAUAAAGCUGUGCAGAGAUUCGGAGGGAGAAGCGCAAACACUAAAACAACCAACAGUCGCCACUCACACCAGCGCGGCCACAGAACAGGAGCAGCUGUGAUUUAUUGGUAGGUGGAAGAAACACUGGGAUUCAAUUACAAAUUCAGGAAACUGAAAAACUCAGCCACUGGCAACAUUAAGGACUGAGGAAAACAGAAGAGUGGAGGAGGAAAACAAAGGAAAGAGCUGAGAGAGAAGAGGAGUGGAGAAAGAUUGACACAGAGCUGCUGACAAUCCAAAAUGUGUGAGCAGCUGCAUGCGGUUCUGCUCCUCAGCCUGGCGUUUGCACCGGGCACUUGUAUGUUUCAUAAUCAUCACUGGGGAGAAUGGAACGACUCUCAGCUUCAGCCAACAAUUCAGAAGCUGAUGAAAGGAUAUAACCGCUACCUCAGACCUAAUUUCAAUGAAGGCCCUGUGGAAAUUGGAAUGAGCCUUGAUAUCGCCAGUAUUGAUGCCAUCUCUGAAAUCAAUAUGGACUACACAGCGACCAUCUUCCUCCGCCAGCGCUGGCGUGAUUCCAGGCUGGUCUUUCCUGGAAAUGAGAGUGUCAGUUUGGACGGACGCCUGGUGUCACUGCUCUGGAUCCCUGACACCUUCAUCCCUGACUCCAAACGCUCCUUCCUGCACGACGUCACAGUGGAAAACCGCCUCAUACGCAUCUUCAGCAACGGGACAGUUCUAUACGCUCUGCGCAUCACGGCCACCAUCGCCUGCAACAUGGACCUGACCAAGUAUCCCAUGGACAAACAGGUGUGCACUCUGCAGCUGGAGAGCUGGGGCUACAACCUGCAGGAUGUGGUUUUCUACUGGACCAGAGGGAAUGAUUCAGUGAAGGGUCUGGACACGCUGCGGCUGGCUCAGUACAGUGUCGAGAGCUACUAUACAUCAGUUUCAGAGGCUGUGUACGAAACAGGGCAAUACCCCAAGCUGGUGCUGCAUUUUGCACUGCGGAGAAAUGUGCUGUUCUUUAUCUUGGAGACAUAUGUUCCCUCCAUUCUGCUGGUGGUUCUCUCCUGGGUCUCCUUCUGGAUCAGCCAGUCCUCUGUACCAGCUCGAACAUGCAUUGGAGUGACUACAGUCUUGACCAUGACAACUCUGAUGAUGGGUGCCCGGACUUCCCUGCCUAAUGCAAACUGCUUCAUUAAAGCCAUCGAUGUUUACCUGGGCAUCUGCUUCACAUUCAUCUUUGGGGCACUGCUGGAGUACGCCUGCGCCCACUUUUACACCAUGCAGCACCAGACUAUAGAGGAAUUACAGAGAGAACUUCUGAGGGAGUUUAGAGAAUCCAACGGCACCAGCUGCUACCCCAUCGUCAGGGCUGCCCAACCAAACCAGUCUGUGGAGAUCAGCUCUUCUGCAGAGGAGGCCACGGAGCAGUCAGAGAAGAGAGACGCCAACAACCACGAUGGGUCCAAAGACGAGACGCAAGGACAAGGCUGCAGCCUGUCCUCAGUGAAGGAUGCAUCUCGCAGGGUAGCAUCGGUCUUCGUUGUGGAAAAUCCACACAAUAUUGAUCGCCACGCCCGCACAGCAUUCCCCACAGCGUUCCUCUUUGUCAAUAUCCUCUACUGGCUUUAUUAUCUCUUUCUCUGAGCGCUGGUUCCAAACGGCUGCAUAGUUAAUGUCACCAUUUUGAAGCUGCUCUACCUCCUCAUUUGAGACCCAGUAGCAGUCAUCACUGCCUGGAUCAAAACUGACCAUGCAAGCAUUUGGCAAAAGCCUGUUUUUGUUUUUAAAAUUUAAAAAAAAACUUUAACAUUUUCAGACAGGGCUUCACUUUGAUGAAGAGCAACAAUUUAGGCUGAGGAACCAGUUGUGUGAUGACAGCUGUUAUCAUAAACAUGACUUUAAUUUCAUUUAUAAAAAAUGACUCACUGUAACUGCCUGGACUGCACCCAACUAUACUGCGCUAAAUUAAAUUACCUUCAUUACGUGACAGACGGUGCUUUGCUUGUGAUGGCUUUCAUGUUUGCUUGUAUGACAUCAUAUACUGUACAUUUACCUCGCAGCAUAUCAUGAGACAUUAAAAGUCAGUGACUGAUAA